AUGUAUGAGAAAUUCAAUAAUGCAGUAAGUACAUCUAUUUGUGACUCUUCUAAAAUAAGGGACAGUAGUUGGUUAGCCUUUAAAUAUUUCACACCACAUAAGGGCAAAAUUGAGAAAGCCUAUUGCUAUUCAUUAACCAUGAAUCGAGUGGAUGAGCACUAUGGGAAACGCUGUGAGUUGCUAUACUACUGGAUAAUUGAUAUAAUAAAAGGAAAUUUGGAUAGUGGCCAUUUUCCGCAGGCCACGAAGUCAAUUUGUAAUUUACUGAAGGAACUGCAACCUACAUGGGACUGCAAGAAUAUAUACCCCGGUGUUGGAGAAUCCCUCUUCGAAUACGGAAAAAAAAUAUAUGAUUAUACCCAUGACCAUAAAACCUUAGAAGAGCAGUUAAAAAAAAGUGGCGGUAAAUGUAGUGGGAAAUAUUACAAAUACUUAAAAGAUGUUGAGGAGGCCUUUAAAAAGGUAAAUAGCAUUUGUGGCAGUGGUAAAACUGAGCCGUAUUGUGAAUACAUUAAGAGGGAGCGUACGCCGUAUGCUGAUAAGGACGAGGAAUUGGAGUUAGAAUAUGAAGAAGCACGUGGACAGGAACAUGUAGCAGACGGAAGGGAAAAAGUGGAAAAUUCGGAAUUGGCUCUGUUAUUUUUCUUUUAUAUAAGGUAUAACUACAAUUCUGGACAACUAUCACUUAUAUGGACCAUUAUAUAG